AUGCUUACCAGGAGGUUCUUAACAGCCUCGCGAUUUUUGCGGGCUCAGCGUUCCGCGGCACCGCAAUUGAGAUAUCCAUUCCCAGUUAUCCAGCAAUUUCGCAAUUAUGCCGACAAGAUUGUCAAAGUACCGGAGAUGGCAGAAUCGAUCUCUGAGGGUACUUUGAAGCAAUGGUCAAAACAAAUCGGGGAUUAUGUUGAGCAGGAUGAGGAAAUUGCUACAAUCGAGACCGAUAAAAUCGAUGUUGCUGUCAAUGCUCCCGAAGCUGGCACAAUAAAGGAAUUCCUGGCGAACGAAGAAGAUACCGUUAUUGUUGGUCAAGACUUGAUCCGUCUGGAACUUGGGGGUGCUCCAGAGGGUGGUGAUAAAGUAAAGGCCUCUUCGGAACCAAAGGGACCAGCAUCAAAAGAUCAGUCAACAUCAUCGGAUCCUGAGCCAUCGAAGACGAAGGAGUCGAAACCCAAAGAAGAAUCCAAUUCCCCCGCACCUCCGGAGAAGAAAGCAGAAUCAAAAGAGACCCCUAAGCCCAAGCCAUCGGAAUCUAAGAAGCAAGAAUCAUCAUCAUCCAGUAGUUCCGGGCCUACGUUGGGCAGUCGGGAGGAACGUCGUGUCAAGAUGAAUCGAAUGCGAUUACGCAUUGCCGAGCGUUUGAAGCAAUCGCAGAAUACCGCGGCAUCUUUAACAACUUUCAAUGAGGUCGACAUGUCAUCUUUGAUGGAGUUCAGAAAGCUCUACAAGGAUGAGGUACUCAAGAAGACUGGCGUUAAGCUUGGGUUCAUGAGUGCCUUUUCUCGUGCAUCUGUGCUUGCUAUGCGAGACAUUCCUGCAGUGAACGCAUCUAUUGAGGGUCCAAAUGGAGGUGACACCAUCGUCUACAGGGACUACGUUGAUAUCAGUGUUGCCGUCGCUACCGAAAAGGGUUUGGUAACUCCUGUUGUUCGCAACACUGAGGCCAUGGACCUUGUUGCUAUCGAGAAGUCUAUUGCUAAUCUAGGCAAGAAGGCUCGUGACAACAAACUUACAAUCGAAGACAUGGCUGGUGGCACUUUCACUAUUAGCAACGGUGGUGUGUUUGGAUCCUUGAUGGGUACACCUAUCAUCAAUCUUCCGCAAACUGCUGUAUUGGGUCUGCAUGCUAUUAAGGACAGGCCUGUUGUUGUUAAUGGCCAAAUCGUCAUUCGACCUAUGAUGUAUCUGGCUUUGACCUAUGAUCAUCGUCUACUUGAUGGGAGAGAGGCCGUCCAAUUCCUUGUCAAGGUUAAAGAGUACAUAGAGGAUCCAAGAAGAAUGCUGUUGUAG